AUGUCUGAGGAUGUCCGGGCGGCUGUUGGCAAAAUGUCGCGGGUACUGCGAAUAGCCAAAGAUCGAGCCAACACGCAGUUCGGGAAGGUUCGGGAGCGAGCGAAACGCUUCAGUUUGAGCGGAUCGCAAGCUGCAGCAAGCGCAAGCCAGAGCGGUCAACCUUUGAAUGAAGCCUUGCCAGCAGACCUGGACAAGGUGAGGCAGCUCACGGACUUGGGCUUCUCUGAAGUAGCUGCUCGACAUGCCUUGAGAGCUUGUGAUGGGCGCUUGGACCUAGCAGGCCAAUGGUUGCUGGACGAAGGAAACGCUGACGAAGUCCUCGCUGCAGAGGUGGCAGCGCAGGAGGCCGGAAGCCAUCGAUCGGUGCCUCGGACUUCCGAAAGUGCGGCUCUGGCAGUUGGAGGCCGUGCCAGGGUGAGUGGCCUGCAGAACGCCGCCGUAUUGAAUGGCGCGGAAGUGCUGCUUCAGAAGUGGGACGAAGCAUCCCGGCGCUGGAUCGUCAGCAUGCCGGAUGGGACGGUGAAGUCCAUUCGACCACAGAACCUUGAUCCUCUGUACGCCGAGCAGUCCACGGCGCGAGCUCCAGAUGCUGCAGAGGAUCACUUUGAUGCAGAUGGCGAGAGGAGCUACCUGGAUCGUGAGGAGCUGAAGACGCUGGCACGUACCAUGCUCGAAAGCACUACCGAGCCUGGCGGACAGCCGCCUGGGACCGACGAGGUACUGGAAGCCCUCUCGGAGUCAGAUUUGCUCGAGCUGAUCGAUGGCCUCAGCCGAGAUCCUUCGAGGACCGGCUCUACGGGCACGCAGGCCAGGCCCAUGGCGACGGAGGCGCAGAGCCCCUCGAGGGACGAGAUGCCCGCGGCCGCCGCGGUCAGGCCGGAUGCGGACACGGCAAGGAAGCUGGUGGAGCUGGAGCACGAAGAAGCUCGACUCAAGUCCUUGGCCAAGGCACAGGCAGAAAAGGCAGAAGAGCUUGAGGCUCGCGAGGCAGCCUUGCGCCAAGCCGAAUCAGAACUGGAAAGGAGAAGGCUUGAAAAAAGCGAGCAGAGCGCGCAGCCAGAGGCGGCGUUGCCGAUGCGAGUCCCUUUUGUAGUUCCGAAGGAGUCGGUGGAAGAACCAUCGCCAACUUCUAUUGCUUUGGAGGCAGAGCGAGCAGACUUGCAGCGACUACGAGAAGAGGUCGAAGCUGCCGCCAAAGACUUGGAGUUACGGCAAGAAGCAGCGCAGAGAUCGGCAGAGGAGCGCGAGCUGCAGCUCUUGGAAGAGGAGUCGGCGCAGAUGAAGCUCGCCUCCUCGCUGAAGGACGAGGAAGCGCGGCUUCGCUUGCAGCGCCGCAGUCUGGGAAUGCUCCAACAGGCCAUCCUGAAGGCGGCGGACAGACCAAGCCAUGGGGGCUACGUAGAGCACACUAUGAACGACGACGCAGAGCCAGCAGAAGGUCAAGAUGUGCUCGAGGUAGAGCAUGCAAGAGGAGACGAGGCGGAACGUGCCGCUUUGCAUGACCCUACGGAUGACGAUGAGGUUUGGGACUUGGAUUGGAGUGCUGUCGAGCAUCGAGAGUGA